UCUCCCAAACAGGGCAAUUCCCUAACUUUUCUCUUUUUCUCACAAGGCUAUAGUUCAAUAUUCCAUUCGGGGGCACAUAUCCUGUCUCGAAUUCCGACGGGGCUCCUCGACGCCAAAGCGCUCCAACUGCUGCAAGCUCUUACUGUGGAGUGCACGCCGUGAUUUGGUCUGGAUCCAGGUCCAGGUCCUGCUGCUCCGUCUGGGUCCGUGAAGUGAAGAGUCACGGAGUGAGCAUCAGCACAGGAGGGACUCAGGUGGAGGUAUAGCCGACCGAUGGGAUCUGGGAAGCUGACUCAGGCUCUGCUGGGAUGGGUGGUGAUGUGCCUCGGGGCGGUUCAGGUGGCUUGCAGUCAAACUGGGAAUGGCCCGUACCAAGCUAGCCGCUUCACCGGCACCGUGGACCAGAGGGAGGCGCAGCGGGUUCGACGCCGCGGCCAAGAGACAUUGAGAGGACCCAAUGUGUGCGGCUCUCGCUUCCAUUCAUAUUGCUGUCCAGGCUGGAAGACUCUGCCGGGAGGAAACCAGUGCAUUGUUCCGAUUUGCAGGAAUUCUUGUGGCGAUGGCUUCUGUUCCAGACCCAACAUGUGUACCUGCUCGAAUGGCCAGCUUUCCCCGAGCUGUGGAGCAGGAGUUCAGUCCUGUAACGUCAGGUGUAUGAACGGAGGCAGCUGCACCGAGGACUCCUGCUCAUGCACGAAAGGAUACACCGGCAACCACUGUGGACAACCUGUGUGUGAGAACGGCUGCCAGAACGGUGGGCGCUGCAUCGGGCCCAACAGAUGUGCCUGCGUCUACGGUUUCACUGGCCCGCAGUGCGAGAGAGACUACAGGACGGGGCCAUGCUUCACCCAGGUGAACAACCAGAUGUGUCAGGGCCAGCUCAGUGGAAUCGUCUGCACCAAAACUCUGUGCUGCGCUACCAUUGGCCGAGCGUGGGGCCACCCCUGCGAGCAGUGUCCUGCCCAGCCCCACCCCUGCAGACGAGGCUUCAUACCCAACAUCCGCACUGGAGCCUGCCAAGACGUCGACGAAUGCAGCACGGUUCCCGGCGUGUGUGACGGAGGAGAAUGCACCAACACCGCCGGCAGCUACGUCUGCACCUGCCCACGAGGCUACAUCUCCAGCACAGAUGGCUCCAGAUGUGUGGUCACCUCCUUACAUACGCUCAUUGAAGCCCCGCCCCCAUCCUGCCCCAUUGACCCUGACCUGGCCGACUUAGAUGAGUUCAGGCGUCUGUGUAUUGUGGGCGUUCCUCAAGUACACGGUUUCUCUCAACACCACAAUGGACACUACCCCUAUGGAUUCAAGUUCCCCAACGGCAACGGUAACGGAGGGAUCGGCAACGGAGGAGGAACGUUUGGGAACAACGGAGGAGGAACGUUUGGGAACAACGGAGGAGGAACAUUUGGGAACAACGGAGGAGGAACGUUUGGGAACAACGGAGGAAGCGUGCAGCACAUAAGCACCGUUACUGUGAAUGAAACGGUGGACGUGUGCAAACACUUCACCAACCUGUGUCUGAACGGACGCUGCAUCCCAACGCCGACCAGCUACCGCUGCGAGUGCAACAUGGGCUAUAAACAGGAUGUUCGCGGGGAGUGCAUUGAUGUGGAUGAAUGUGUGAGUAAUCCAUGUGUCAAUGGAGACUGUGUCAACACAGAUGGAUCGUACCACUGCAAGUGCCACGAGGGGUAUCAGGGAACCCCCACAAAGCAGGCCUGCAUUGAUAUCGAUGAGUGUAUUGUGAACGGAGUGAUGUGUCGCAAUGGCCGCUGUGUCAACACUGAAGGGAGCUUUCAGUGCAUCUGUAAUGCUGGCUUCGAGCUCACGCCUGAUGGAAAGAACUGCAUUGAUCACGACGAAUGCGCCACCACCAACAUGUGUCUGAACGGCAUGUGCAUCAACGAGGACGGCAGCUUCAAGUGCAUCUGCAAGCCCGGCUUUGCACUUGCACCCAGCGGGCGCUACUGCACCGAUAUCGAUGAGUGUCAGACACCCGGCAUUUGCAUGAACGGCCGCUGCAUCAACUCUGAGGGCUCCUUCCGCUGCGAGUGCCCGCCGGGCCUGGCUGUCGACGUGGAUGGUCGAGUGUGCGUGGACACACACAUGCGGACCACCUGCUACGGCGCCAUCAAGAUGGGCACGUGCUCGCGCCCGUUCCCAGGCGCGGUGACCAAGUCGGAGUGCUGCUGUGCCAAUCCGGAACAUGGCUUUGGGGAGCCCUGCCAACCUUGCCCUGCCAGAAACUCAGCCGAGUUCCAGGCCGUGUGCAGCAGUGGCAUCGGCAUCACAGCUGAUGGCAGGGAUAUCAAUGAGUGCGCCUUGGACCCGGACAUCUGCCAGAACGGCAUCUGCGAGAACCUGAGGGGAAGCUACCGUUGCAUCUGCAACGCCGGCUACGAGUCUGACACCAGUGGCAAGAACUGUGUUGAUAUCGACGAGUGCCGAAUCUCUCCCGACCUGUGCGGUCACGGCGCAUGCGUCAACACGCCCGGCAGCUUUGAGUGCGAAUGCUUUGAGGGCUACGAGAGCGGCUUCAUGAUGAUGAAGAACUGCAUGGACGUCGAUGAGUGUGAGAGAAACCCACUGCUUUGUCAAGGAGGAACCUGCCUGAACACAGAAGGGAGCUACGAGUGUGAAUGUCCCCCCGGACACGCGCUCAGCGUGGAUGGAUCGGCCUGUGAAGAUGUGAACGAGUGCCAGCUGAGCGACAACUUGUGCAAGAACGGCCAGUGCAUCAACAUGAUGGGAACGUACCAGUGCUCCUGUGACACCGGUUACCAGGCCACACCGGACCGACAAGGCUGCGUUGAUGUUGACGAGUGUGAAAUCGGAUCCCAUAACUGUGACAUGCACGCCGCCUGCGUCAACCUUCCCGGAAGCUUCAAAUGCCGCUGCCGAGACGGCUGGGUGGGAGAUGGCAUCAAAUGCGUGGAUGAAGACGAAUGUGCUGCAGAGGACCACAACUGCAACCCCAACGCAGACUGCGUCAACACGCCGGGAUCCUACAGGUGCGCCUGCAAAGAGGGCUUCAACGGAGAUGGCUUUUCAUGCUCCGACAUGGACGAGUGCGCAGACAACGUGAACCUGUGUGAGAACGGCCAGUGUCUGAACGCCCCGGGAGGCUACCGCUGCGAGUGCGAGAUGGGCUUCACUCCUACAGAAGAUAGCAAGGCCUGCCAAGACAUCGAUGAGUGCAACUUCCAGAACAUCUGCGUGUUUGGAACGUGCCAGAACCUUCCCGGGAUGUUCCGCUGCGUGUGUGAUGAUGGCUACGAGCUGGACCGCAGUGGAGGAAACUGCACUGACAUCAACGAGUGCGCGGACCCUGUUAACUGCAUCAAUGGACUGUGCGUGAACACACCAGGAAGCUACCUGUGCAACUGUCCACCUGACUUUGAGCUGAACCCCACAGGAGUGGGCUGCGUGGACACCCGUGUUGGGAACUGCUUCCUGGAUGUCCUCGCCCGCGGCGAUGGAGGAAUCUCCUGCAGCGCAGAGAUCGGAGUGGGUGUGACCCGAGCUUCCUGCUGCUGCUCAGAGGGGGUCGCCUGGGGAAACCCCUGUGAACUUUGCCCCCUGCUCAACUCCACCGACUAUAAGACGCUGUGUCCGGGAGGAGAAGGAUUCAGACCCAACCCCAUCACUGUCAUCCUGGAGGAUAUUGACGAGUGCCAGGAGCUUCCAGGCCUCUGCCAGGGUGGAAACUGUGUCAACACAUUUGGCAGUUUCCAGUGCGAGUGUCCACCAGGGUACUACCUCAACGAAGAGACUCGCAUCUGUGAAGAUAUCGAUGAGUGCACGACUCACACUGGCAUCUGCGGGCCCGGCACCUGCUACAACACUCUGGGCAACUACACUUGUGUGUGUCCGCCUGAGUACAUGCAGGUCAAUGGAGGAAACAACUGCAUGGACAUGAGAAAGAGCGUGUGCUACCGCAACUUCAACGACACGUGUGAGAACGAGCUGUCCUUCAACAUGACCAAGAAGAUGUGCUGCUGCGCCUACAACGUGGGGAAAGCUUGGAACAAGCCGUGUGAAGCCUGUCCAACUCCUGCCACCACUGAAUACCAGCUGCUGUGUGGUAACCAGGCUCCUGGCUUCAUUAUUGACAUCCAUACCGGCAAACCAGUUGAUAUUGACGAGUGCAGGGAGAUUCCUGGCAUCUGCGCCCAUGGAGUGUGCAUCAACCAGAUCGGGAGCUUCCGAUGUGAAUGUCCGAUGGGCUUCAGCUACAACAACAUACUGCUGAUCUGUGAAGAUAUCGAUGAGUGUAACAGCGGGGACAACCUGUGCCAGCGCAACGCCAACUGCAUCAACAUUCCCGGCAGCUACCGCUGCGAGUGCUCGCAAGGCUUCAAGCUGUCUCCCAGCGGGGCCUGUUUGGACCGCAACGAGUGCCAGGAGAUCCCCAACGUGUGCAGCCACGGCGAGUGCAUCGACACGCAGGGCAGUUACCGCUGCAUCUGCCACAACGGCUUCAAGGCCACUGCUGACCAAACCAUGUGCAUGGACAUCGAUGAGUGUGAACGGCAGCCGUGCGGUAACGGCACCUGUAAAAACACCGUGGGAUCCUACAACUGUCUCUGCUUCCCCGGCUUCGAGCUCACUCACAACAACGACUGCAUGGAUAUCGACGAGUGCAGCGCUCUGCAGGGCCAAGUGUGCAGGAACGGACAGUGCAUCAACGGACUGGGCUCCUUCCAGUGUCUGUGCCACGAAGGUUAUGAGAACACGCCUGAUGGGAAGAACUGUGUUGAUAUCAAUGAGUGUGUGAGUCUGCCGGGCACCUGCUCCCCGGGAACCUGUCAGAACCUGGACGGAUCCUUCAGAUGCAUCUGUCCUCCCGGCUACGAGGUGCAAAAUGACCAGUGCAUAGAUAUCGAUGAGUGUGUGGAUCUCAGCCUCUGCCAGUUCGGGACCUGCACCAACACCCCGGGCAGCUUCCAGUGCUCGUGCCAGCCGGGCUUCGUGCUCUCUGACAACAAACGGCGCUGCUACGAUACCAGAGAGAGCUUCUGCUUCACCAAAUUCGAGGCAGGCAAGUGCUCGGUCCCCAAAGCCUUCAACACCACCAAGGCCAAGUGCUGCUGCAGCAAGAUGCCCGGAGAGGGCUGGGGACUGCCCUGCGAGCUGUGCCCGCGAGAAACCGACGCUGCCUUUAACACUCUGUGUCCCUACGGCCACGGAGCCCUGCCUGGACUGGGCGACGCUCGUGAAGAUUUGAACGAGUGUCUGGAUAACCCGGGCAUCUGCCAGAACGGCAUCUGCAUCAACACAGACGGCUCUUUCCGCUGCGAAUGCCCCUUUGGAUACAACCUGGAUUACACGGGCGUUAACUGCAUCGACCUGAACGAGUGCCGCACCAAGCCCGGCAUCUGCAAGAACGGCCGCUGCGUCAACACAGUGGGAAGCUACCGCUGCGAGUGCAACGACGGCUUUGAGCCGAGCUCCACCGGGACCGAGUGUAUCGACAACAGGAAGGGCUUCUGCUUCACAGAGGUCCUGCAGACCAUGUGCCAGCAGUCAUCGACCAACAGGAACAGCGUCACCAAGUCUGAGUGCUGCUGCAACGCAGGUCGGGGCUGGGGGUCGCAGUGCGAGCUCUGCCCGCUGCCCGGCACCAUACAGUACAAGAAGAUGUGCCCACUCGGUCCUGGCUACACCACCGAUGGCCGAGACAUCAACGAGUGCCAGGUGAUGCCGGAUCUGUGCCGUAACGGUGGGUGCAUCAACACCAUCGGGGCCUUCAAAUGUUUCCUGCGUUGGGCUGCAGAUUCUUAAAUUCUGGAAAAAGCUUUUCCAACCGCUGUGAUUUGUUUCCUCUCUGAAGAUCUGGACGAGUGCGCGACCAAGCAGCACAACUGCCAGUUCCUCUGUGUGAACACGAUUGGGGGCUUCACCUGUAAGUGCCCCUCUGGCUUCUCUCAGCACCAGACCGCCUGCAUCGACAACAACGAGUGCACCGCUCAGAGCAGCGUGUGCGGUUCCCGGGCCUCUUGCAUCAACACGCCCGGUAGCUUCAACUGUGAAUGCUCCAAAGGUUUCUCCUUGGACACAACGGGCUUCGAGUGUGAAGAUGUGGAUGAAUGUAGCAGCAACCACCGCUGUCAGCACGGCUGCCAGAACAUGCUGGGAGGCUACCGCUGCGGCUGUCCUCAGGGCUACGUCCAGCACUACCAGUGGAACCAGUGUGUGGAUGAGAACGAGUGUCAGGGAGCGUCAGUGUGCGGCUCCGCCUCCUGCUACAACACGCUGGGCAGCUACAAGUGCGUGUGUCCCUCUGGCUUUGACUUUGAUCAGGGUGUCGGUGGCUGCCAGGACGUGAACGAGUGCACCACGUCCACUAACCCCUGCAUCUAUGGCUGCUCCAACACUGACGGAGGCUACCUGUGUGGCUGUCCUGGAGGUUUCUACAGAGCAGGGCAGGGUCACUGCAUCACCGGCUCAGGUUUCCCGGGCCAGUACGUCGAGGGUGAGGAUGAAGACGGCCUGUCUCCUGAGGCCUGCUACGAAUGUAAGAUCAACGGAGGAAAGAACGGACGACAGAAGCGCGACGCUGAUGAGAACGAGCUCAGUCAGGAAGCAGCAGUCAGCAUGGCCAGCGUGGACACGCAGGCCUCCAUCCCUGUUAACGUCUCUCUGGCCUCCUUGCUCAACAAGGAGCCUCUGCUCGAGCUCCUGCCCGCCCUGCAGCCCCUGGAGCACCACGUCCGUUACGUCAUAACCCACGGCAACGCCGACGAACAUUUCCGCCUGCUGGAACGCCGCGACGGAAAGAGCGUGCUCCGACUCGGCAAGAAGCCGCCUCCGCCUGGAUCUUACCGGCUGGAGGUCGCCAGCCUUCGGCUGUUCGGGCCCCGAAAACUGCACCAACUAGAAAAGCAGCAUGACAUUGACUACCUACAAGGGGAAAUAGGUGACGCCCUGCGCAUCAAGCUGCACAUCCACCUGCACUGAGCUCAGAGCGCCAUCCUGCUCUGGACUCAUCUCUGAAGCGUUUAACCUUUUAUCCAGUAACUCCUACACAGAGCCCCCUGCAGGACCCGACGGGGAAGUCGAGGGCUACGAAAGACUGAGUCAGCUCUACCACCACCUAGUUAAUGUUCAAAUUAUUCUGUGUUCUUGUUUUGUGUUUUUGUUCUUUUCUCCUCCACUCCUACCGACCCAGCGCUCGUUCUCCACCCGGAGGAGACGCAGAGAGGUGUCUUUGUGCUUGGACCACGGCCGCCUCCACCCGAACGAGACAAACGCAGACAGGAGACUCACGAGUCCAUGAAGCACUUUUGUAGAUGAGACACAAACAACAAAGCUUUAAUUAUUAGUGAAGUGCUGAGAACUGUCGUUAGACGAGUCUUUAAAUCACAGGCAGCAUCUACAGACGUCAUCGUGUUUGGUGGUGUCGAGAAAGGUUGCAGAUAAGCGUGCCACGAUGGUCUAAGAACAAGCGCACUUCUCUGUGAUCUCGGGCUCCUCACGUAUCCUAGUAAGUCGUUUAUUGUAUUUGUGCUGUUCAGAAACACAAAGGAUGCAGCGUUCGCUCUGUUUGAUCUCCAACGAGUCUUUUUAGAAAACAGCAACUUCUCCUCUCGUGUGCCUGAUGUUUGCGCGUGUGUGUCGUCACGUUCGGUUACCUCAGUACUUCUCCACACCGCGCUGUGAUGCUAACUUUAAAACAAAAGAGGGUGCUAACGUCCCUCAGCGUCCACCGUGAGCAGGGAAGCAGCAGCUCGGAGACUUUAAGACAGAUCAGGUCAGAUCAGGUAUUUAAGCUUUCACUGAUUCAGGACCUGUGAGCCUUCAUGUAACCAACAGUCUUCCUGCCGGUGUCGGCUGUCGCAGCUUCUUUACUACAGUCACACAUUUAAUGACAUUAAGCUGACUUUAUCUGCCUCGUUUGGCUUUACCGUGAGCUCGUGUCUGAGCCGUAUUUACAUGCACUGCAGCCCUGAGGUCACUUGAACUCGAGAGCAUCUGUUGAAUUCACCAAACGGACGUCGCUCUCGCCUUCGUGCACGCUCUGCACCGUCCAAAGCAAACGGAGCAUCUCCAGAAGCCAGAACAUCUCCUGCCGUGUGGGACGUCGUACCAACCCCGUCCUCCCGACGCUUCCCAGAAUUCAUGUGUGCAAACAGCUGAAGGGACAUGUGGAUGCAGUAGCCUCAAAGGUACACGACAUGUUAAGCUGUAACUAACAGCAGUGCUUUACAGAGUCAGGGCUCACACAUUAGAACGCAAAACCUCACAAAAACAAGAAUAUGCUUCAGGUCAUUCAUCCUUCGUCAUGAUUUUUUUCCUCCUGAGGGGAAAAAGGUGCUACAUGAUACCAAACGCUGUUUGUUUUACCAGGUUUUAUUGUCUCCGUCUUUUGUCUCAGUGCUGAUAAACCAAUAUUAUUAUUAUUAAACUUGCUUCUUGAAGAUUUAAUUGUAUAUUUUUAAGUGAAAUGUAGAUUUUUUUAAAUGUCACAGCUGCCAGACCAAAUACUCAGAUUGACCAGAAGCGAGCGCUUGGUCGUCACUGACUGACGCGUUAAGGCUGCUGCAGUCAGAUCAGGAGCUCUUAUCACAACAAGUAGGGAAGCUUACACUGUGUGUACAACGAUCGAGGCCAACACGCCACCGUGCUCGGACCUGUGGUGCUAAACGCUAAUCCUGCUCUUUGAACACUUGAGGCAUUUCAUCGAAGACGCCGUUUAUAACACAUAACCACGUGCUAACCUGGGAACCUUUGUAUACUUUGUAUCUUUAUUCUCAUUUUGUAUUUUGUUGUUUUUAAACUUGCCACUAUGUUUGUGAAAGGGCACCGUGUUGCCUGUGCUUACUGUAUCUCAGCGUCAGACUUGAAUAUCGUCAUCAUCGUCGAGGUAUCCUGUGCUUAACCAAAGCAGCCUUUGUCACAGCUGUUGAUCCCAGAGUUUAACUGAAAGCUGAUAUGACAAUCAUCCAGUCACGCAGCAUCUACAAGAUGAGGAUCACGCAAUAAAGCGGCCAUCGCGGGACAUCCUGUGACAUCAUCUCUGAAAACCAAAGAUUUAUGACGCCAAACGGCAGGCUGUAAAACUUAGAGUCCUUCCUAUAAUAUUGUAAACCUUUGUCCACUGACAUAAAUGGCAAUAAAGUAUUGUGGGUUA